AAUGCUGAUUGACAGUUGACUCGGGUGGGGGCUGGGAAUACUGUUAUAAAGCUGAAAGAGCCAAGCAGACAGCUGUCAUUGUUGGGAGCUCCUGUGUCCCCCUGCCACCAUGGCCACCCACCGCCUCGUAAUGGUUCGACAUGGUGAGAGCUCAUGGAACCAAGAGAACCGCUUCUGUGGCUGGUUUGAUGCCGAGCUGAGUGAGAAGGGGGCCGAGGAGGCUAAGCGGGGGGCCAGUGCCAUCAAGGAUGCUAAGAUGGAGUUUGACAUCUGCUACACAUCAGUACUGAAGCGGGCUAUCCGAACCCUCUGGACCAUCUUGGACGGAACGGACCAAAUGUGGCUGCCUGUGGUGCGCACCUGGCGCCUCAAUGAGCGGCACUAUGGGGGCCUCACAGGCCUCAAUAAGGCUGAGACGGCAGCUAAGCAUGGUGAGGAGCAGGUAAAGAUCUGGAGGCGCUCCUUUGACACCCCACCACCCCCAAUGGAUGAGAAACACCCCUACCAUGUUUCCAUCAGCAAGGAUCGGCGAUAUGCAGGCCUGAAACCUGGGGAGCUGCCCACCUGUGAAAGUCUAAAGGACACCAUUGCCCGGGCUCUGCCCUUCUGGAAUGAUGAGAUUGCCCCCCAGAUUAAGGCUGGCAAGCGAGUGCUCAUUGCAGCCCAUGGGAACAGCCUGCGGGGCAUCGUCAAGCAUCUAGAAGGGAUGUCAGACCAGGCCAUCAUGGAUCUGAACUUGCCCACGGGAAUCCCCAUUGUGUAUGAGCUGGACCAGGCGCUGAAGCCCACCAAGCCCAUGAGGUUCCUGGGAGAUGAAGAGACAGUACGGAAGGCCAUGGAAGCUGUUGCUGCCCAGGGCAAGGCAAAGUGAGGGUGGGCAUGGACAAUAAAGGUAGCUUUGCACAA